AUGUUGAUGGCGGCGAGGAAGACGAUGGCGGCGAGGUGUGGCGAACGAAGUGGGAUUCGAACGUGGAGGGAGGAGAGGAAGACGAUGGCGGCCGAAGUGGGAGGCGAGCGAGAUGUUGAUGGCGGCAAGGUGUGGCGAACGAAGUGGGAGGAGAGGCUGGAGGGAGCAGAGGAAGACGAUGGCGGCGAGUCGAACGUGGAGGGAGGAGAGGAAGACGACAGUUCUCUUCUAGGGUUGCUGGAGGAAAACGGCAGCGCUUAG